UGAGGGAAAAAUCCCGUUGCGAAAUCAAGCACGUAUGUUGUCAUUUUCGCAACGACCCGUUGUUAUAUUUUUCAACAACGGCUGUUGGUGAAUUGUGCACGAACGUGCUCAAAUUGACACCGAGACGUGGUCAACUUUCGGUACCAACAACAGCCGUGCUUAAUUUGUCCAUUUGUAAUAUUGGUAAUUGCAGCCGAUUACACACGAGUAAAAAAUGACAACGGUGGUGCAUGAUUCACACACGGUCGUUGUCAAUAUGACACCGGUCGUGUAUGAAUUAUGCACCACCACCUGCAUAAUGAUGCACCACCGUUGUUACUUUGUACACCGACGUGCAUGAAUCGUACACGAUCGUUGCCAUUUUAGCAACUACCGUGUAUGAAUCAUGCACCACCGUUGUCAUUUUUUUUACUCGUGUGCAAUCGGCUGCAUAUUUACCAUUUUUUCCGUGUUAUUGAAAGAGAAAGGACGCAUUGUGCAAAAAAUUUAUUGAAAAUGAAUAAUAAUUCGCAAGAUCCUCAAAAUAUCAUUGGUGAGUUGUUAGAAAUCGAUGGCAAUAUUGUUGUGGUUCGCGAUACAAACCAUUGCAGCAGUCAAGAUGCGGAAAACAAUGAGGACGAUUAUAUGUUAAGGGAGUUCUUAAAAGGAAUAAAUAUGGAGUCGCUUUUUGAACAAUUAAAAGCAUCACAUGUAACAUUUCGCAGCUUGCAGUACUUGAAAAAAGAAGAUUUAAAGGAAGCAGUGCCACCAUUGGGACUGCGUGUUGAAUUCAGAGAAAAGCUCUUUGCUUGGAAAAAACGAAAGCUCGGGAUUGAUGACGAAACUAUGUCAGUUCCAUCUAAAAUAGGUGAAUGGUGGAAACGCAACGAGACACCUGCAAGUACUCCUGGUACUCCCGACACUACAGGUUCGAACUGCUCAAAAGCCAAAGGAAUUUUGUCAGAGGAUCUAACGGAAUUGUUAACACAUACCUCGAAGGGGAAACUAGCGCUUGAAUGUAGUAGCGUUAAUAAGAAAUUAAGUGACGAGCAAAGAGAUGAUAUAAUUAAUAUAAUUAUUGAAGAUAUUUUAACCAACAAUGUUACUCUUUACACUCAAGACUAUAUGCGCAUAUUGGAUGAAAUUUGUUCCGUUUUUCCUCUUGAAAACGAAAUGAGGGAUUAUUAUUACAUUUCAAGAAAAGGAAAGAACAACGCAAGCGGAAAACUUUAUGCCAAGUAUAGAAACAAGAAGUCCAAAAGAAUAAAGCUUUUGAUUUCCGAGCCUAGCACAAGCAAAGCAGCAACUCACACAUCUCCUAAUUUUUGUAACAAAGAUGUUCCCGAAAUUGAUGAAUCAGUUGAAAAUUCAUUGAAAGCUUCCUUACUAAGAGAAUGUAAUGAUUGGGGAUCGAUCUGCGAAAAAUGGAAAAGAUCUUUUAACAUACGGCAACGGUAUACCGUUUUUUUUCACGCAGGAUGAUGACAAUGGA